AUGUUCAGCAGCAACAAGAUCAUCGCCGUGUGCAUCGCCGUCGUGGUGUUAUCCAGUGGCAUACACGCUGAGAAGGAAGUCGCCGAGACGUUUGGCCGUUAUCACAACCAUGGCUUGGGUGUGGGUGUUGGCGUCGGUGUCGGAUAUGGUGCGCCGAGUUAUGUCGGCUACGGCUACCCCGGUGUCGGCGGUGGAGUCGGCGUAGGUGUCAACGGCGGUGUCGGAUAUGGUGCGCCGAGUUAUGUCGGCUACGGCUACCCCGGUGUCGGCGGUGGAGUCGGCGUAGGUGUCAACGGCGGUGUCGGAUAUGGUGCGCCGAGUUAUGUCGGCUACGGCUACCCUGCGGGUACGUCAACUGGCGGUACAGCAGGUGCGUCGACUGGUGGUGCAGCGGCUGCGUCGGCAAGCGCCACAGCAAGUGCCUCUGCGAACGCUGGGGCUGGAAAUGGAGCCACGUACCGCAAGCUUCGCUCGGCGGCGUAA